CACACACACACUCUCUGCCUGUGCCUCCUGCCUGUCGCUCUCUGGCUUGCUGCUGUGAAAGCCGGCUGUGUCGACCUCUCCAGCCUCCACCGGUUGCUCGGAUUAGAGAUGCAGAAGCCACAGUGCGGGGCCCCCAAUCUCACGCUCAUCCUCCUGUGCCCCAUCCUGCUGGCCGCGGGCCGGGCUGCUGUGGAGAGCCAAGCACGCUAUGAACUUGAGAGGGAGCCAGCGUAUUGGGAUGCUCAGGCGAGAGCGACACUGGAUGCUGCGCUGAAGCUCCACCCUCGGAAUCACCAGGCCAAGAACAUCAUCCUGUUCCUGGGCGACGGGAUGGGCGUGUCCACUGUGACAGCAACGCGGAUCCUGCGAGGUCAGAUGGAGGGCGGAUCGGGGGAGGAGACGAUGCUGGCCAUGGACAACUUCCCAUAUGUGGCCUUGUCUAAGACCUACAGUGUAGAUAAGCAGGUCGCCGACAGCGCGAGCACAGCCACAGCCUACCACUGCGGCGUGAAGGCCAACGCCAAGACUGUGGGACUCAGCGCUAAUGCGGUGGCCUACGAGUGCAACACCACCUUCGGCAAUGAGGUCUACUCGGUAUUACGACGGGCAAAGGCACAGGGUAAAUCCGUCGGUAUAGUCACCACCACCCGUGUCCAGCACGCCUCGCCGGCCGCUGCCUACGCUCACUCUGUCAGCCGCAGCUGGUACAGUGACGCCGAUCUCCCUUACAGUGCUCGCCGACAGGGCUGUGUGGACAUCGCCACACAAAUGGUCACCAACGUUGACAUUGAUGUGAUUCUGGGCGGAGGGAGGAUGUACAUGACACCAAAGGGAACCCCGGACCCGGAGUAUCCCACCUCCAACUCUCGAAAGGGGGACCGCAAAGACAAGAGGAACCUCAUAGACGUGUGGCUGAAGGCUAAGCCAAACAAGAGGUCGCACUACGUUUGGCACAGGAAGGAGUUUGACGAGAUUAAUGCUAAAACUACUGAUCGGCUCAUGGGUCUGUUUGAGCCGAAGGACAUGAGGUUUGAGGUUUUCAGGAACAGCACACGAGACCCCUCCAUUGUGGAGAUGACGGAGAAGGCCAUACAAAUCCUCAGCAAGAAUCCCAAAGGGUACUUCCUGUUUGUGGAAGGAGGGAGAAUUGAUCACGGACAUCACGACGGCAUUGCAAAGCUGGCCCUGACAGAGGCAGUGAUGUUCGACCAAGCCAUUCAUCGCGCUGCACAGCUGACCAGAGAAUCUGAUACACUGACUGUGGUCACCGCCGACCACUCCCACGUCUUCACCUUCGGUGGCAACACGCCUCGGGGAAAUCCCAUCUUUGGUCUGGCACCAAAGAGAGCAGAUGACAAAAUGCCUUUCACCAGCAUCCUCUAUGCCAACGGCCCCGGUUAUGUCCACGUAAAUGGGACCAGAGCAAACAUCACAAUGGUGGAUUACUACGAUGAAGAGUACAUGCAGCAGGCCGCCGUCCCGUUGGACGCGGAGACGCACGGCGGAGAGGAUGUAGCCAUCUACGCCAAAGGCCCAAUGGCUCACCUGUUCCACGGGGUGAAGGAGCAAAACUACGUGGCCCACGUCAUGGCCUAUGCCGCCUGUUUGGAGCCCUACACGAACUGUCCUCCUCACCCUCACAACCACACCUCCACCGGGCGUGUGAACGCACCCUCGAGCUUCCUGUUUGGCUUACUUGGCCUCAUCUGGUUUUUCAGAUGACCCUGAAACACACACAUGUCAAAACACACACGUUGUAGGCAGGCAGCAAUACACAGUGCACUAAACAUUCAUACACAAACACAUUUGCUGUAUACACACAGGCUGGCAGGGGUAAACAUUUACAGUAUAGCACUGUAUGUCAAAACUGAAAAAUACAUCGGCCUACUCCCUACGCAUCCAAACACACGUGUAAUCUACCAUACAUGCAAACUGCAAGCUUAAACAUGCAUGCAGCCUCUCUUUUCAAAUGCACACAGACAGGUAGACAUUGUAGGUGAGAUUAACACGCAAAGAUUAUGAAAAUAAUCUGCAAACAUUAACAUUAAUGCACAUGCAAGCAGUUCUUCGAGAAACGGUCUAUGCAACUGUAGAGCCACUGCAGAGCCAUCAGCAGUCACAGUAUUCUACUUUCCGAAUCACAACAUCACUACUACCUUUCACUUGUUUUUAUCCUGUUCCUAUUUUUCAGCAUGAUCUGCCUGCUCAGAACUUGCCAACACUUGAGAGUAGCUGUAAUUUUCUAUUUACACAUUAAUCUGAGGCUUCACUCAGAAUAACUUGAAACAGACCAGCAGCCUGAGGCCUCACUGUCCAGCUUGGGGACAGCAGUUAUGAGAAACCUGAAUUGAGCUCCAUCACCCCAUGCCAUGCCAAGCUGCAACACCAACAGACCUUACAAGAACUCAUCAAGAUACUGUACCGCUCUCAGGAGGGGAAGACAUGUAGCUUUUAAAGAUUUUUAUAAGUUUAUAUCUUGACCUCAUUGGCUCCAAAUAGUAAAUCUGUUUUCUGUCAGAUUG